AUGGCGGCGGAGAAGAAGCGGCGGUUGGUGACGUCGCUGCGCACGGUAGGAGCUGAGGCCUGGCGGUACCCGAGCGAGCUGGAGAUCCACCGGCGGAUGCACACGGGAGAACGCCCCUUCGACUGCUCCACCUGCGGCAAGAGCUUCACCAGCUACGACAACCUGCAGCAGCACAACCGUGUGCACUCUGGUGAGAGGCCCUUCACCUGCUCCGACUGUGGCAAGAGCUUCAUCCGCUACGCCAACCUGCAGCAGCACAACCGGGUGCACACUGGAGAACGCCCCUUCAACUGCUCUGACUGCGGCAAGAGCUUCAAGACAGCGCCAAACCUGACGAAACACCGGUGGUUACACACGGGCGAGAAACCCUAUGGCUGCUCCACCUGCGGCAAGAGCUUUGCCAGCUACGACAACCUGCAACAGCACAACCGCGUGCACACGGGAGAAAGCCCCUUCACCUGCUCCACCUGCGGCAAGAGCUUCACCAGCUACGGCAACCUGCAACAGCACAACCGCGUGCACACGGGAGAAAGCCCCUUCACCUGCUCCACCUGCGGCAAGAGCUUCACCAGCUACGCCAGCCUACAGCAGCACAACCACGUGGACUCGGGAGAACGCCCCUUCGACUGCUCCGACUGCGGCAAGAGCUUUGCCUGGAUGUCGGGGCUACGGCAUCACCGGCAGGUGCACAGCAGUGAGCGGCCCUUCACCUGCUCCGACUGUGGCAAAGGCUUCAAAUCGUCGCCAGAGCUGAAGAGGCACAGGCUCGUGCACACCGGGGAGCGCCCCUACACCUGCGGCCAGUGCGGCAAGGGCUUCACCUGCUCCAGCAACCUGCUGUCCCACCAGCGCACCCACACCGGCGAGCGCCCCUUCACCUGCGCCCAGUGCGGCAAGGGCUACACCCAUUCCAGCACCCUGCUGCGCCGCGGGGAAGCUUCUGCCGCUCGGACCCGCAGGGACCAUCACACCGUGAGUCUGUCAUGUCGGUCCCUGGCCCUGCACAGGUGA